CCUCCCUAUGAUGGCGGCGCCUGCCCGUAUCAUGCUGUCUGGUUCGGUGUUAUGCCGGGUGCUGGCAUUGCGAGCUCCGCGCUUCGGCUGCCGGGGUUUUGUGUCUCCUGCCGGUGGUGGAGCAUCGCCAUGGCGGCUGCACGGUGCGGUGUGCCUGAGGAGACCGGCAGUGGUGUCUCAAAGCAAGAGUCCAAUUCAGCAAGAAGUGGCAGAGCUGCUGCAGCAGGUAGAGUUAGAGGGAAGCUUGUACGCGGAUCAUGAGCUUCGUCUUAUGGAAGAUCGGGAACGCCUGAGGAGGAAGCAGUCCAAUACCUACGAUUCUGACGAUGAAGAGGAGGAUAAAGAAAUUGUAUUGACUCAAGACCUUGAAGAUAUGUGGGAACAAAAAAGCAAACAAAUCAAAACGGCUCCCCGAGUAACAGAGGCAGAUAAGAAAAACGACAAGUCUUCGCUAAAUCGGAAAUUGGAUAGCAAUCUUGUUCUCUUGGUUAAAGAAAAAAUCUCCAAUGAAGAAGUCUGGAUGUUCCCACAGAUGGAGUGGCAGAUCGGGGAAACUAUGAGGCAAACAGCGGAACGGGCCCUGUCUACUCUAUCAGAGGAUCAUAUUAAGGCUCAUUUCCUAGGAAAUGCACCCUGCGGAUUCUACAAGUAUAAAUUUCCAAAGUCUAUUCGGACGGAAGACACAAUGGGAGCUAAAGUAUUUUUCUUCAAAGCUUUGCUUAAAAGCGGAGACCUACCUCCAAAAAAGAAAAAGGAAUAUGUAUGGGUCAGCAAGGAUGAACUUAAAGACUAUUUAAAGCCAGCUUAUCUCUCUGAGGCGCAGAGAUUUAUAAUAGAACUAUGAAAUGUGGAUUUCUGUAAAUAUUCUUAUUAAAUGUGUUCUAACAAAUGGAA